CUCCAGGAUGCUGGGGCGGGAAACCGAGCGACGGCGGUGAUCACUAGGAAGCAGCAGUCGGCCGCCAUGGAUGCCAAAUCUGGAACUCCAGCGAGCGUCGCCAUAGAUCAGCCGAAAAAGGGGAGGGCCACCGGAUCUGUACAAACACAACCAAGAAACAGCAAAACAACUAAGCAAACCCACCCAAAAAUAGAAAAAGAAACUGAAAAAGCAAAAGCCACUAGAGGGGCCAACAAAACCGGCAGGCCUCGAGGGCCAUCAGAGCACAGAGCACAGAGCACAGGGGCUCCACCAUGCUUGAGCAGCUGGGGGGCCCGACGGCUCAAGCAUCAAAAUGCGGUAGCCCAAGGGCUUCCGAUCAAAACAAAGGGUCGCCGAUAAGGGAGGUCAAGAGCAGAGAGAAGAAAGGGAAAAGAUGGCACAAUUGCCUUUUAUUUAUUUUAAGACUUUCCAACUUCUUGAAUUGAAUUUAAUGGAAAGAAAUUGUUUUUUUUUUUUCUAAUAAAAACUUUGAUUUUGA